ACAAACAUGUCGUUCUUCAACUUCCGGAGGAUUUUCAAACUGGGAGCGGAGAGGAAGAAGAAACAAUACGAGCACGUGAGGAGAGACGAGGACCCGGAGGAGUUCUGGAGGAUCGUGGGGGAGCUGGGGGACGGGGCCUUCGGCAAGGUCUACAAGGCGGAGAACAAGCUAACAGGCGUCAUGGCGGCCGCUAAGGUGAUGGAGGUGCAGACGGAGGAGGAGCUGGACGACUACAUGGUGGAGAUCCAGAUCCUGGCGUCCUGCACACACCACAACAUCGUCCGGCUGCUGGAUGCCUUCACCUUCCAGGACAAGCUGUGGAUCCUGAUAGAGUUCUGUGCUGGAGGGGCCGUGGACGCCGUCAUGCUGGAACUGGACCGGUCCCUGUCCGAGCCCCAGAUCCGGUCCGUCUGCAGACAAACCCUGCAGGCUCUGAUUUACCUGCACGAGAACAAGAUCAUCCACCGAGACCUGAAGGCUGGAAACAUCCUGCUGACGCUGGAGGGAGACGUGAAGCUGGCGGACUUUGGCGUGUCGGCCCGGAACACCAAGACGCUGCAGCGCCGGGAUUCCUUCAUCGGGACGCCGUACUGGAUGGCCCCCGAGGUGGUGAUGUGCGAGACGUCCAAGGACUGUCCGUACGACUCCAAGGCGGAUCUCUGGUCUCUGGGCGUGACCCUGAUCGAGCUGGCCCAGAUAGAACCCCCGAACCACCACAUGAACCCCAUGAGGGUUCUGCUGCGGAUCGCCAAGGCCGAGCCGCCCACGCUGAUGACGCCGUCACGCUGGUCUCCAGAAUUCAGCGACUUCCUGAAACGCUGCCUGGACAAGAACGUGGACAACCGUUGGACGGCGACGCAGCUGCUGCAGCAUCCGUUCGUGUCCGGCGUCACCGACAGCAAACCGCUCAGGGAGCUGGUCGCCGAGGCGAAGGCCGACGUCACCGAGGAGAUCGAGGAGCACAAGGAGGAGGAAGAGGAGGAGACGGAUCUGGGCCACAAACGCGCUCCAUCCGACGUCAGCGUCGGCAGUUCAGAGGAUGAGAAGACGCCCGUCUCUCCGUCCGUCCUGGAACCAGUUCCUGAGAAGAUCGAGCCGAUCGUACUGCUGCUGCCGACCUUAACCGGGGCGUCCGCCGCCAACCAUGUGGUGGAAAAAGAACCAGCUGUGAAGAACCGAGCUGUGGAGGAACCAGCUGUGGUGGAACCAGCUGGGGAACCAGCUGUGGAGGAACCAGCUGUGGAGGAACCAGCUGUGGAGGAACCAGCUGUGGAGGAACCAGAACCAGCUGUGGAGGAACCAGCUGUGGAGGAACCAGAACCAGCUGUGGAGGAACCAGCUGUGAAGGAACAAGAACCAGCUGUGGAGGAACCAGCUGUGGAGGAACCUUCAGAUGUUCCAGGUAAUGACGAGGUUCCAGAACCAGAGAAACCUUCUGAAGAAUGGCAGCAGCUCCACCCAGAUGUGGAGGACGAGAAGGACAGGGACACCGCCGAGCAUCAUGGGAACCCUGUGGAGGACGAGAAGGAAAGGGACACCGCCGAGCAUCAUGGGAACCCUGUGGAGGACGAGAAGGAAAGGGACACCGCCGAGCAUCAUGGGAACUCUCAGGGUGAAACCCCGACUGUUGGACCAGAACCAGACCGAGAGGAGGAGAAGGAGAAGGAGAAGGAGCCGGACAAAGACCUGGACCUGAACCUGAACCUGAACCUGGACCCGUCCAUCUCCAAACCCAAGGAACCCGGAUCAGUUUUCAACCAGGACGCCAGACGCCACAAGAGGACGCUGAAGAAGACGCGUAAGUUCCUGGUGGACGGGGUGGAGGUCAGCGUGACGACGUCCAAGAUCCUCACCGACACUGAGGAGAGCAACCAGGAGAGGAGGUUCCUUAGGCGUCAGGAGCUGCGGGAGCUGCGUCUCCUGCAGAAGGAGGAGCAGCGGUCGCAGCAGCAGCUCGGCAUCAAACUGACGCAGCAGACGGAGCAGCUGACCCGCCGCGUCCAGCAGGAGACCGCGAGCCGCAGGCGUCAGUACGACCAGGAGCUGGAGAACCUGGAGCGGCAGCAGAAGACGAGCAUCGAGCGGCUGGAGAUGGAACACACGACCCGGCUCAGGGAGGAGGCCCAACGGAUCAAGGCCGAGCAGGACCAGGAGUUCUGCAAGAACCAGGACCUGCUGAAGAACCGCAGGAAGGAGGAGCAGCAGUUCCUGCAGCAGCAGCAGCAGUUCCUGGACGGAUCCCUGAAGAAAAUCAUCCAGCAGCACAAACUCCAGCUGGCAGACGAGGAGAAGAGCUGUCUGGAUAACAAGCAGCAGCUGCUGCGAGCCCGAGAGUCGGCCCUGUGGGAGCAGGAAGAGCGCCACCUGCAGGAGAAGCAGCAGCUGCUCAAGCAGCAGCUGAAGGAGCAGCACUUCCUGCAGAGACACCAGCUGCUCCGGAGACACGAGAAGGAGCUGGAGCAGAUGCAGCGCUACCACCAGCGUCUGCAGGAGCUGCUGAGGACCAAGCAGACGGCCGAGCGCAGCCGGCUGCCCAAGAUCCAACGCAGCGAGGCCAAGACGCGCAUGAACAUGUUCAAGAAGAGCCUGCACAUGGGGGGGGCCGGGGGGGCCUGGCUGACGCCGGAGAUGGAGCGGGAGAAAGUCAAACAGUUUGCAGCUCAGGAGGAAAGGCGGCAGAAGAACGAGCGACUUCAGCAGCAGCAGAAACACGAGCUGCAGAUCAGAGACCUGCAGCUGCAGCGGGAGGAGAACGUCAGGGAGCUGCAGCAGCUGCAGAACGAGAAGGUCCACCUGCUGGGGGAGCAGGAGACCCAGAAGCUGAAGCAGCUGGACAAGGACAACGUCCUGGAGCUGCAGGACUGGAGGGACGAGCUGCGUCCCCGCAAGAAGGUUCUGGAGGACGGGUUCUCCAGGAAGCUGCAGGAACAGGAAGUUUUCUUCAAGAUGAGUGGCGAGUCCGAGUGCCUUAACCCGUCCAGCCAGAACCGGAUCUCCAAGUUCUACCCGGUCCCCAGCCUGCCCCCGUCCGGGUUCUAGUGGACCGGAACCAGAACCAGAACCAGCCAGAACCGGAUCUCCAGGUUCUACCCGGUCCCCAGCCUGCCCCCGUCCGGGUUCUAGUGGACCGGAACCAGAACCACCAGAACCGGAUCUCCAAGUUCUACCCGGUCCCCAGCCUGCCCCGGUCCGGGUUCUAGUGGAACCACCAGAACCCCCUGCUGGUUCUGACGGACCGGUACCUCCACGUUUCUCUCAUUGUGACUUUUGUUACUAAAGUUUGUUUCUUGUUUCUUUAACGAGUUUAAAACCAGAAGUUAAAGUAAAUAAAUGAGGGUGCAGUGCA